AUGGCUCGUCAAUUGGUUGCAGUUCUGGCUGCUGCUCUUGCUUUUAGCGGUGUUAGCGCUGGACCUUGCAAGCCUGUUUCUUCACUCUCCCUGUCCUCUACAGCUAUUUUCGAGACGACUACGACUGCGACUUCUCACGAGACUUUAUCGUCAACAAUCACUGCCGACGUGACCGAGACCACAGUCACCGGCGCUGCCACUGGUACUACUGCUACCACGGAUGCUAUCGACACUACCAUCACCGAGAGCGCUACGGACACCGCGACGACCGCCGGGUCUCUGACCACUUUCUUGACUACUACUACCGCCGAACAAUCUCCUGAGCAAUCUACGACCACCACUGCUGGUCCCGUUGGGCCAGGUCCUUGUCUUGAAGAGCAGAUUCUUUACAACCCCGGCUUCGAUGAUAGCAACAGCAAUGCUUGGCCAUGGGACUUGAGUAGCGGUGUCGCCCUCGAUACAGUGCAACCGCGUUCCCCCUCCAACCUCCUUGUGAGCCACAUCACUUCCGACAGCCCAUCCACCACGUUCUCUCAAGCUCUCCCCGCAUUGGGAGACAACGAAUACGAGUUGGUAUACUACAUCGCCAUGGGCAAUAAUGGGUACGAUACCUUUGACUUCCGCUGCUAUGCCACCACCUACGUCAAUGGGAAAAAGAUAGGCGAUAGCAGUGACUUUGAUGCAAAUGGCCCCUACACGUAUCAGCGAGCGAACGGGGUCUUCACGCCGCAGAACCCCGGUGAUGCUGGGGAACUGCGUUUCGAGAUCCAGUGCGAAGGUGGAUUCCGGUAUGCUUACAUGCGUGUAGAUGAUGUCAGUCUCACUCGUCGUUGCGGUGCGUGA